AACCACAUCAGAUAACAACUACUGGAAAACAUCAGUGUUCUCCGUGUGGAAAGGCCUUUGGCUUUUUGUCACAUCUCAUGAGACAUCAGAGGAUGCAUACUGGGGAAAAGCCAUAUCAGUGUUCAGAGUGCGGAAAGACUUUUGCUCGGUUGUUUAAUAUGAAGAUGCAUCAGAUGAUUCAUACUGGGGAAAAGCCAUAUUCAUGUACUACAUGUGGGAAGAGAUUCAGAAACAGCAACGAUCUCGCUCUCCGUCAGAGAACACAUUCUGGAGAAAAGCCAUAUCACUGCACAGAGUGCGGGAGGACUUUUAGUCAGGUGACUCAGCUUAAAGCACACCAGAGGGUCCAUACAGGGGAAAGGGUAAAGCCAUAUAUGUGUGGGAAGUCAUUUGGUCAAAAGGGUUCUCUCAAGAUACAUCAGCAGAUUCAUAGUGGGAGAAAACCGUAUCACUGUCUUCAGUGUGGAAAGUACUAUAGAAAGAAGUUUAAUCUAAAGACACAUAGGUGCGUUCAUACUAGGGGACAUUUGCAUCAUUGUUCAGAGUGUGGAAAGACUUAUACUCAGGCAGGUCAUCUCAAAAGUCACCAGAUGGUCCAUACAGGGGAAAAGCCAUAUCUGUGCACUACAUGUGAGAAGACUUUCAAAACCAGGUCGGAGCUCGAUGUCCAUAAGAGAGUACAUUCUGGAGAAAAGCCAUAUCACUGCUCAGAGUGUGGAAAGGCUUUUCGUCGGAUCGCUUCUCUUAAAAUACAUCAGACGAUCCAUACUGGGGAAAUGCCAUACCUGUGUACUACAUGUGGGAAGAGAUUCAAACUCAGUACAACGCUAGCACUCCAUAAGAGAAGUCAUUCUGGAGAAAAGCCAUAUCAGUGUUCAGAUUGUGGAUAUAUGUUUGCUUAUGCGUCUAAUCUCAAAAGACACCUGGCAAUCCAUAGUGGGGAAAAGCCGCAUCGGUGUACUACAUGUGGGAAGAGUUUCACGAGAAACACAGGGCUUAUUUCCCAUAUGAGAACACAUUCUGGAGAAAAGCCAUAUCCGUGUUCAAAGUGUGAAAAGGUGUUUACUUACCUGUCUGCUCUGAAGUCACACCAGAAUAUCCAUACUGGGGAGCUGAAUAAGUGUUCAGAUUGUGGAAAGACUUUUACUACAGUGGCUUAUCUGAAGACACACCAAAAGAUCCAUACUGGGGAAAAGCCAUAUGAGUGUACUACAUGUGAGAAGAGAUUCAGGGUAUGGAGUUGUCUUAAGAGACACCAGAGAAUCCAUACUGGGGAAAAGCCAUAUCAGUGUUCUACAUGUGGGAAGAGUUUCAUAACCAAAGGAAAGCUCACUAUCCAUAAAAGAACGCAUACGGGAGAAAAGCCAUAUCAGUGUAUAGACUGUGGUAAGACUUUUGCUGAGGGAAGUAAUCUCAAGAGACACCAGAUGUUGCAUACUGAGGAGCGGCCAUAGCAUUCAGAGUGUGGGAAAUACUUUUCUCAAUAUUCGCUUUACUGCUUGCUGGAGUUGCUCAACUUUGUUUAUUCAAUAUCCUAGUGUUGUCACAAUAUCAAAAUUGUUGUUUUGAUACCGAUACCAAGUCAGGAAUUCCCAUUUUGAUACUUUUCCCAUACUUAAAGCGAUGGUUCGGAGUAAUUUCAUCCUAGGGUCCUUUGCACUAACUAUGCUCUUUACUCAUAAAACAAG